CAGGUGUUUGUGGCGAACAGGGUUUGUACUGUAAAGCCACAUCAUGAAGGUGUAUCUGCUUUUCAUGCUUGCUGCAAGAUUUCUGAGCAUAUCAGCAAAUGAAUGUAGCAACUAUAAAACUUUGAGCAGCCGUGACCGAUCCAUGAUCAUUCCUAGAGGUAACGUGUUGAAAUGUGACCAGAAGGAACUCCUCGGCAAAGCCUGGUACCGCUUUCAAGGGGAAGCGGGUUCAGCAAUGCCAACUUCCUGUGUCCCUAAGCAGCGAUGUGGAACACAUGCCCCUGGAUGGUUGGCACAAGCUCAUCCUACCCAAGCUCAAGGAAUUGUUACUCGUAAAGUAUGCUAUCAUUGGGAUAGCAACUGUUGUAAAUGGAGCAAUAACAUUCGAGUGCGCAACUGCGGUGGCUUCUACGUUUACGAACUGUAUAAAACUCCUGUGUGUCACCUACGCUAUUGUGGAAAUGGCGUUAAAGCACCUGCUGCUCCAAAUGAAUGCAAAAGUUACACUACAUUGACCGAUGCCGAUCGGUCCAAAAACAGUCCGUUGAAGAACCUUAAAUGUGACCAAAAUGGUUUCGUCAAAAAGUGGUAUCGUUUUAUGGGUGCUGCAGGCUCAGCCAUGCCAACAAGCUGUGUCCCUAAGAACCACUGUGGAACACAUGCCCCUGGAUGGUUGGAACAAGCUCAUCCUACCCAAGCUCAAGGAAUUGUGACUCGUAAAGUAUGCUACCACUGGAAUAAUAAAUGCUGUCACUGGCAUAACAAUAUCCGUGUGCGCAACUGCGGUGGAUUCUACGUUUACGAACUGACUGGAACACCACACUGUCAUCUUCGCUACUGUGGAAACGGUUCUGGUGGCGGACCAGUUAAUCAUUGUGCUUUGAGUCCCUGCAAAAAUGGAGGCAAGUGUCUGAAUAAUAUUGGCGGUUACGUCUGUCAAUGUCCAGGCGGAUUUACAGGAAAGAACUGCGAACAAGAUAAAAACGAAUGUUUGAAUAAACCAUGUCAGAAUGGAGGCAAAUGUGUCAAUAACAAAGGCAGUUAUAGUUGCCAAUGUCCAGGCGGGUUUACAGGGAAACACUGCGAACAAGAUAAAAACGAAUGUUUAAAUAAACCAUGUCAAAAUGGAGGCAAAUGUGUCAAUAACAAAGGCAGUUAUAGUUGCCAAUGUCCAGGCGGAUUUACAGGGAAACACUGCGAACAAGAUAAAAACGAAUGUCUGAAUAAACCAUGUCAAAAUGGAGCCAAGUGUAUCAAUAACAAAGGCAGUUAUAGUUGCCAAUGUCCAGGCGGAUUUACAGGAAAGCACUGCGAACAAGAUAUCAACGAAUGUUUAAAAACUCCUUGYAAAAAUGGUGCCAAGUGCGUAAACAAUAAUGGAGGAUACACUUGUACAUGCGCASUAGGAUUUGUAGGAAAACAUUGCGAAAAAGAUAUCAACGAAUGUUUGAAAAACCCUUGUAAAAAUGGUGGCAAGUGUGUGAACAAUCAUGGAGGCUACAGUUGCACAUGUCUACCAGGAUUUGAAGGAAAAGAUUGCGGAAAAGAUAUCGAUGAAUGCUUGAAAAGUCCUUGUAAAAAUGGUGGCAAGUGUGUAAACAAUAAUGGUGGAUACAGUUGCACAUGUCCAUCUGGAUUUGAAGGAAAAGACUGUGAAAAAGAUGUCGACGAAUGCUUGAAAAGUCCUUGUAAAAAUGGUGGCAAGUGUGUGAACAAUGAUGGUGGAUACAGUUGUACAUGCUCAUCUGGAUUUGAAGGGAAAGAUUGUGACAAAGAUAUCGACGAAUGCUUGAAAAGUCCUUGUAAAAAUGGUGGCAAGUGUGUAAACAAUAAUGGUGGAUACAGUUGUACAUGUUCAUCGGGAUUUGAAGGGAAAGAUUGUGACAAAGAUAUCGACGAAUGCUUGAAAAGUCCUUGUAAAAAUGGUGGCAAGUGUGUAAACAAUAAUGGUGGAUACAGUUGUACAUGUUCAUCGGGAUUUGAAGGGAAAGAUUGUGACAAAGAUAUAGACGAAUGCUUGAAAAGUCCUUGUAAAAAUGGUGGCAAAUGUGUGAACAAUAAUGGAGAAUACAGUUGCAAAUGCGCAUCUGGAUUUGAAGGAAAAGAUUGUGAAAAAGAUGUUAAUGAGUGCAUAGCGAAUCCAUGUCAAAAUGGCGGCAAGUGUAUCAACACUCCGGGAAGCUACAGGUGUCAGUGUUUGGAUGAAUACACUGGAAAGCAUUGUGAAUCUGAGCCCUCAUCACCUGAGGAAGUAAAAUACAAGGAUGUUGGUUGUUUCAAAGACAACGCAAAUGAUAGAGCACUUUCAAAACUUAUCAAAAACUUAAGAGGAGAUAUCAACUGGCAUGAUUUGAAGUCUUCUGUGAUUGACAAGUGUGCUAAGGUGGCCAAGGAAGAAGGAUAUACCUAUUUUGGAAUUCAAUUCUACGGUGAAUGCUGGAGUGGUCCUAACGCUGAAGAUAAUUUCGACAAACAUGGUUCUUCGCCGAAUUGCUGGAGUGGCGUUGGAGGUCCGGGAGUUAACAUGGUUCAUCGUAUUGUCAAUGAAUAAAUGAUCAUGAUGUAUCUUUCAGGCUGAAUAAAGUGAAUAUAACAAUAAAAGGCACAAUAGAAAACAUG